AUGGCCGAGCUCGACACUCUUGACAUCGUGGUGCUCGGGGUGAUUCUUUGCGGCACCCUCGCCUACUUAACCAAGGGCAAAUUUUGGGGAGUCGUCAAAGACCCCUAUGCUUCCAGCUUUCAAAAUGGCACCGCAAAUGCCAACAGGGCCGGCCGAACGCGAAACAUUGUUGAGAAAAUGGAAGAAUCCGGCAAGAACUGUGUCAUCUUUUACGGCUCCCAGACGGGUACCGCAGAGGAUUAUGCUUCUCGACUAGCAAAGGAAGGAAAGAGCCGAUUCGGCCUGGAAACUAUGGUCGCUGACCUGGAAGAGUACGACUUUGACAACCUUGACACUUUCCCGAGCGACAAGGUGGCCAUGUUUGUUCUGGCAACAUAUGGCGAAGGCGAGCCUACCGAUAAUGCCGUCGAGUUCUACGAGUUCCUCACUGGCGAAGAUGUUGCCUUCUCUGAGGGCAAUGACCCCGCUUUGGAAAACCUCAACUAUGUCGCAUUUGGAUUGGGCAACAAUACCUACGAGCACUACAAUUCCAUGGUUCGAAACGUUGACAAAGCCCUGACCAAGCUUGGGGCUCAUAGAAUCGGCGACGCUGGCGAAGGAGACGACGGCGCGGGUACAAUGGAAGAAGACUUCCUUGCCUGGAAAGAUCCCAUGUGGGCGGCCCUGGCCUCCAAGAUGGGUCUCGAGGAACGUGAAAGCGUGUAUGAGCCAAUCUUUGGUAUUGUGGAUCGUGAGGGCCUGACACCCGAAUCCGCAGAGGUCUAUCUGGGUGAAUUAAACAAGAUGCAACUGGAGGGCACUAACAAGGGACCGUUUAAUGCUCACAACCCGUACAUUGCUCCCAUCUCAGAGUCUCGCGAGUUAUUUUCUGCCAAAGAUAGAAACUGUUUGCAUCUGGACGUUGAUAUCAGCGGUUCGAACCUGUCUUACCAGACUGGAGAUCAUAUUGCUGUGUGGCCAACCAACCCCGGUGCUGAGGUCGACCGAUUCCUUGACCUCCUCGAGCUUGCUGAUAAGAGAAACAACGUUAUCAGUGUCAAGGCCCUUGAGCCAACUGCGAAGGUGCCAUUCCCGACCCCCACUACGUACGAUGCGAUUGUCCGAUAUCAUCUGGAAAUCUGCGCUCCGGUCUCCCGUCAAUUCGUUUCAACCCUUGCUGCUUUCGCCCCUACCGAGGAGAUCAAAGCAGAGAUGACGAGGCUUGGCAACGAUAAGGAUUACUUCCAUGAAAAGACUGGCCCUCACUUCUAUAACAUUGCCCGUUUCCUGUCUGCCGUUAGCAAGGGAGAGAAGUGGACCAAGAUUCCAUUUUCUGCGAUCAUUGAGGGUUUGACCAAGCUCCAGCCUCGCUACUACUCGAUUUCAUCCUCCUCCAUUGUUCAGCCCAAGAAAAUCUCUAUUACUGCUGUCGUUGAGAGCCAAACGAUCCCGGGACGUGGAGAUCCCUUCCGAGGAGUUGCGACAAACUAUUUGUUUGCUCUUAAGCAGAAGCAGAAUGGAGACGAGAACCCCACACCCUUUGGCCAGACCUAUGAGAUUACCGGCCCUCGCAACAAGUACGAUGGCAUUCAUGUUCCUGUUCAUGUGCGACACUCGAACUUCAAGCUUCCUUCGGACCCAGCCAAACCCAUCAUCAUGAUUGGUCCCGGAACCGGAGUUGCGCCAUUCCGCGGGUUUAUCCAGGAGCGUGCCAAGCAGGCCAAGGACGGUGUCAACGUUGGUCGAACUCUUCUUUUCUUCGGAUGCCGAAAAUCGACCGAGGACUUCAUGUACAAGUCCGAGUGGGAGGAAUAUCAAGAGGCACUGGGCGACAAGUUUGAGAUGGUUACCGCCUUUUCUCGGGAAGGACCCAAGAAGGUCUAUGUGCAGCAUCGCCUCAAGGAGCGUGCUCAGGAAGUUAACGAGCUGCUUCUUCAGAAGGCUAGCUUCUACGUCUGCGGUGAUGCUGCCAACAUGGCACGCGAGGUUAACGCAGUUUUGGUGCAACUCAUCGCUGAGGGACGCGGGGUAACAGAACAGAAGGCAGAGGAGGUUGUCAAGAUGAUGAGAUCAACAAACCAGUACCAGGAGGACGUCUGGUCUUAG